AUGACUGUUGUCCUUAAAAAUCGUACUAUAUCAAUGAUUCUGUUGGUUCCUGAGGCUACAGUCUUAGCUCCAUCAUCAUCAUCAUUAUCUAUCCUUGAAAAACUCAAUCAAUCAGAUAUGGAUCAAUCAUUUUCAAUUACGACAUAUGAUCCAUCAUCAAACAUUGAUAUUACUUCUUCAAUUCCAGUUUAUCAUGGAUCAAUUGUUCGUAUUGAACAACAUAAUAAUGAUCAAAAUGUAUCUGAUUUAAUUGUUCGUGUACCAAAUUUUCAACGUUUCUUACUUCCACUAAAUAAUACUGAUAAUAAACAACAAACUCGAAUUAAACGACGUGCUCCUAUAUGUCCUAUUCUUAGUAGUUCAAGUCAACGAAAUAAUCCUAAAUCAUCCAAUACAAAUAUUACAGAUAAUUUUAAUAAGCUAAGUCUAAAUCAAUCAUCAGUAGCAAGUACAAGUCGUUUUGCUACUGGUUUACGUAGUUUAAGUCGAGUAUUUACUCAUAGUUGUAAAUCGAAACGAUCAUCUAGUAUGAAUGACAUACAUUUUCUUCCAGCUCUUCCCGAUGUUGAAGUAAUGACAGAACAAGUUGAAAUACCAAUAACAUCAAGAAAAACUUCAAAACAUGAAAAUUUAACAUCAACUAUACCAAAAUUAACUACACCAAAACUUUUAUUUAUUAAGCGAAAACAUUUUAAAAUAAAAAAUAAACCAGCAUCAUCAACAAUGCCAAUUGAUACAAAAAUUAAUCUGGAAAAUAAUCGAAUUAAUUUGACACCAACAUCAACAAUAAUAACAACACAAUAUGUUGAUGUUAAAAAAAAUAAUUCAACAAAAAUAACAUCAUUUUGUCAACCUUUUAUCGAAAAAAAUUAUUUAAAUCAACAAAUAAAUACCAUAGAAAGAGAGAACGAUCAAGAACAACAAAAUAAAUCAAUCAAAUUUAACUAUGAAGAUCAACAAUUUACAACAAUUUCUCGACUCAUUUCUGAUAUACCCAUAUCAUCUAUCGAUGCUGAUUCAUUAUCAACUCAUCGUUAUAGUACAAUUUCUGCCGUGGUAUCUAAUAAUCAAAAUUCUAUCAUAGAUAAUAAUGCGAAAGAUGUAUCAUUAUCUGAACAAGCAUCAACAAUUAUUCUUUCACCAUCAACUGAAAUGUCAUAUAAUAUUGAUAAUAAAGCAACAACAUCAAUUAGUCAUAAUAAGUCACCAAAAAUUCAUCGACCAUUUCGUAUACAAACAAGUACUCUACAACCUGAUAUAAGUGUUAUUCGUAUAGGUACAACUGAUUUAACAACUGAAAUAGGUCGUCUUUUACCUGGAGAAAAAUUUUCGAAUGAACAAAUUGAUUCAACAACAAAGAAUCAGUUAGAUAUUGAACAAAAACAAAAUAAUGAUAAUCAAAUAAAACAAGAUCGAUAUAGUGUUAUUCAAACAAACGAAGAAACAUUUGCUGAGUGUUAUGAUGUUACAUAUCAAAUUGAUCCACAAUUUGAAAAUGAAAAAGAUCAAAUUACAAAUCAAUCAUUUGUUCCAAUUAAAAUUAAUCUUGAUCCAUUUGAAUAUCAAGAUUUAACAUCAACAUUAACAACAUGGUUACCAUUUAUAAGUCAAAAUGAAUAUGAACAAAUUGAACAUGAUAAUAAUGUUCAUCAAAAUAAUCGAAAAUGUCAACAAAUCAAAAAAAGAAAUCAUAGUUUUGAACAUUUAGAAAUAAUUCCAAAAGAACAAAAAAUAUUAAUAAAUAAUAGUCGACAAAUUAAAUCUCGUUCUGUUGAUGAUCUAUCACGAACAAGUAAUGAUCAAACAUCGACAUAUCAAUUUGAAUCGAUUUCUUCUUCGUCAUCUUCAGAAAUUUCUUCUCGACAUUCUACACUUCAACGAUCAAAUUCUCAUAAUGAUUUUGGUAUUUAUAUUAGUACAGAUAAAGAAACACGUCGUGAACAUUUUAUUUGUCAAGUUGAACAAUUAUCUCCAGGUGAACAUGCUGAAUUAAAAGAAAAUGAUCGAAUUUUGUGCAUUAAUGGUACACCAGUUAUCAAUGAAGAAUAUACUGUUGUUUUAGAACUUAUAAAUCAUGGUUUACAAACAGAUACAUUAAAUUUUGAUGUUAUUACAAAUGAUGUUUAUGAAGAGUUUAAAUCACAAAUUGACCAACUUUAUCAAUGA